AUGGAGGAUCCGAAGAGAAUGGAAGAAGGGUUAGGUCACACUGCACUCGUUGCUAAUAUCGAUGGUGAGAAAAUCCAUUUAAGUGAGAAAGUAGGUAAAACUGAUGGUGGAGAUGAAAAUGAAAAGGAAGAAAGGAGAGCGGUUCAUGAUCAUCUGGCUGAGCAUGAAGCAGACAGGCAGCCGGUGGUUAAGCAGAAGAGCAAGAGGGUUGCGACUUUGGAUGCAUUUAGAGGCCUUACCAUUGUACUGAUGAUACUGGUCGAUGAUGCCGGAGGAGUAUAUCCCCGCAUCGAUCAUUCACCAUGGAAUGGGUGCACCUUGGCUGAUUUUGUGAUGCCUUUUUUCCUUUUCAUCGUCGGAGUUGCAAUUGCACUUGCUUUCAAGAGAAUUCCGAAGAGGAGAGAUGCAGUUAAGAAGAUAAUCCUAAGGACACUGAAGCUUCUGUUUUGGGGAGUUCUGUUGCAAGGAGGAUAUUCGCAUGCUCCUAGUGAUCUAGCUUAUGGAGUCGACAUGAAACUUAUUCGCUGGUUUGGCAUUCUUCAGAGGAUAGCGUUGGUGUACAUGGUUGUAGCUCUAAUAGAGGCUCUAAUCCCCAAGAAUAGACAAACCAUAGAGCCUGACCGUUUUACCAUUUUCACAGCAUACCGAUGGAUUGCGGGAUUCAUUUCCUUUGUCAUUUAUAUGGUCACAACCUUUGCACUUUAUGUUCCGGACUGGAGUUUCACCGUCGACGAAGACCAUGAACGACGCAGAUACACGGUUGAAUGUGGAAUGAGAGGGCAUUUAGGACCUGCAUGCAAUGCUGUUGGUUAUGUGGAUCGAGAAGUCUGGGGCAUUAAUCAUCUCUAUCAGUACCCAGUUUGGAGCCGCUUGAAGGCUUGCACUCUCAGCUCUCCAGCUUCUGGCCCAUUUCGGAAGGAUGCUCCUAGUUGGUGCCGUGCACCAUUUGAACCCGAAGGCUUGUUGAGUUCUAUCUCUGCUAUCCUUUCUGGCACCAUUGGCAUCCAUUACGGGCAUGUUCUGAUUCAUUUCAAGGGUCAUGCUGAAAGGCUCAGGCAAUGGGUCUCAAUGGGGGUUAUCUUACUGAUUGUAGCCAUCAUUCUUCAUUUCACUGACGCUAUUCCUAUCAACAAACAGCUCUACAGCUUCAGCUACGUCUGUUUCACAGCUGGUGCUGCAGGAAUUGUAUUCUCUGGAUUCUAUGUACUGAUUGAUGUUUGGGGAUUGAGGCCGCCAUUUUUAUUCCUAGAAUGGAUAGGAAUGAAUGCAAUGCUUGUAUAUGUGAUGGCAGCACAGGGUAUCUUUGAAGGGUUUAUUAAUGGAUGGUAUUACAAGUCUCCAGACAACACACUUGUCUAUUGGAUCCAAGAACAUGUUUUCAACGAUGUAUGGCACUCAGAGAGGGUAGGCACCCUGUUGUAUGUGCUCUUUGCACAAAUCACAUUCUGGGCAGUUGUUUCAGGCGUCUUGCACAAAUUGGGCAUAUACUGGAAGCUCUGA